AUGUUCGCGGACGUGAUGGUUUGGCAAGAGAUCGUGGCCUCGAAGGCCUGGAGGAAGCGGCUCCGGGAGGAGCGCGAGAGGGAGGCCGUGGAGGACGAGAUCAGAAGAGAGGAGAAGCGCAGGAAAAGGGAGGAGAAGCGGCGCCAGCGCGAGGAGGAGGAGGCGCGCCGUGGCACCGCCGGCGCCCGCCGGCGCGCGGAGCUCGAGAAGCCCACAGAGCCGCCGCCGACGGGGAGUCUCCCUUGUUGCCGAGUCCCCGGCAGGGCCCAUGCCGAGCCGAUCCGGUGCGAU